AUGGCCAAAACCAAGAAGAAGUUAUCCAGAACAUCACUCACAAAAUCUCGUAGCUCCAAGAAGAACAAGAAUUCCACAUCUAACGUUACAGUAAUCCAAGAACUCCAUAUGGGCAACUCUCGAAACGACUCCAUUAGGUUUGAAGCAGGAGACUUGGUACCUACAACGGGAUCUCUAUACGUUGCUGCAGCUUGUUCCCUUGCACUGAUUACUUUGUCGGUCAUUGUGGUUUCAGCUGUUUGCGUUAAACGAAAAAGUAGAAACCAAGAACCAACUUCAUACUGUGUAGCCUUCGCUUUAAAGAGUUUGAAAUUCCUCAGCAGUUCCCCUUUAGUUCUUAUCAUACAUCGUCCGCAAAGACCAGGAUCUGGAUUAAGUAUGUCCAUGCUCGAUCCACGUCAAACCGAUCCCACCAAACGUUUGCGCUCCCUCUCGGUUGCUCGCGAUACUCUUGUGUUAACUCGUUUGGUACAAGAGGGCAUCUACGGUCGAAUAUAUCAAGGAACCUAUGGAAAUCAUCCAGUCACCAUUAAAUCCUUAAAUGAAACUGCAUCUAAAAGACUGGUUAGUUCAUUCUUGGCCGAGGGUAGCAUGUUUUAUGGCAUGGAACACAAAAACGUCUUGACCAUACUCUGUGCUAAUUUGGACGACCCGAAACAACCACUACUCAUUUAUCCCUAUACCAACAGGGGAAAUUUAAAAAAAUUCCUGAUAAAAUGUCGACAAAAGAAGGGCCACAUAAUACUAUCAACACAAAACUUAGUUGACAUAAGCAUUCAAAUUUUAUUGGGAAUUAUGUAUCUGCACGGCCAGCAUAUUUGUUAUAAGGAUAUCGCCACCAGAAAUGUCGUGAUUGAUGAUAAACUCCAAGUCAAAAUCACCGACAACUCCUUAUCACGUGAUCUAUUUCCAAAUGAUUACUUCUGCUUGCAGAAUCAAGAAAGCAAACCCGUCAAAUGGAUGGCCCUGGAGAGUUUGCUCUACAAUCAAUACACCGCUGCGUCUGAUGUGGGCGCAGAAUUUAAACCUAUACUCUUAUUUUUAUUGCAGUGGUCCUUUGGAGUACUACUGUGGGAGCUGACCACCAUGGCACAACAGCCGUACCCGGACGUAGAUCCAUUCGAGUUAGGGGUUUUCAUUAGAAAUGGAAUGAGGUUGCGCCAACCCCACGGCUGCCCGGACCAACUUUUUGCUUUAAUGACCUACUGCUGGGCCCACCAUCCAGCAGAAAGACCACAUGUCAACCAGAUGCUGGCCUUUCUUCAGGAGUUCUACACAGCUUUGUGCAGAUUCGUCUAAAUAGACUAAACACAAUUAACAUCAGUGUAAGUAGAAAAUAAGUUUCUGUAUCGGAUAUUCGCGUAAGUUAUUCCCGACUUGAAUAAAGCAACUUUCUAAUGAAUCUAAAAAGCCACUAAAUGCAAUAAAUCCAGUAAACUAAAUCAGAUACACUUUAACCAGUUACAUAAAAUUACAAAGACAUCACAGUUGGCAGGUUUGAACCUGUAAAACCCUUCCGAAAUGUUUAAAAGUUCAAAAAAUGCAUCAUGCACGAAUUCUUUGUUUAAGUUAGGAAUUUCUUAGGGGAAUAAUCGUGAAUUGCUUAAUUUUAUUGUAGUGGUAAUAUUGAAGGAAAUUGUAUCAGGGUUAUUGAUGUAACUAACUAUUUAUUAUAUAUGGUUUACUAUUAUAUAUACCUAACUUAACCAUAAUUGUAUAAGCACUAGGUGUAAUAAUAAAAGCAUAUUCAAUU